ACCCAUAUCACAUAGCUAGUAAUUCAGAGCAUGAAAGAAGAAAGAUAUUUGCGCCAGUGACCCAACUGCUUCUACUUUAGUGUGAGAAAUUACACAUUUGGAAAGACAGCGCCAUCUCUUAAUCUACAGGUAAGGCUUAACUUGCGUUCAAGACACUACAGAGAUGGACUUACCGAACUAAAUUGUUUUUUAUGGGUCGCACAGAUGACACACCAGUCGCAUCUUUCGUCCCACAUGUUUGAUGACAUUUACCUAACCUCACUAUUUUUUCCCAAAAAACCCAAAGUUUUGAAUUCCUUCCAAAUAUUACAAAAUAUUCUCUCGAGAAAUGGAGGAUUCGCGCUUUGCGCACAUAAAAAAUGAUCCCAAGUUUCGGCGUAUUCCCAAAAAAAGUCAGAAAGUGAAGAUAGACAAGCGUUUCCAGUCUAUGUUCAAAGACAAAAAGUUCAAAGUAAAAUAUACCACUGAUAAAAGAGGAAGACCUGUUAAUCACUCAUCUACUGAGGAUCUGAAGCGUUAUUAUGAUCUAACUUCAGAAUCAGAAAGUGAUACUUCCGACGGAGGUGAUAAUGAAGCACCAGAGAAAUUGGUUAAAGGACCUAAAGAUGAAAACAAUGAAAUAGGAACCAAGCACAAGUCUAAUAAACUCGUACCAGACAAAAUAAAGGGUAAACUGAAAGAUUUAAAUGUAGACUACGCUCGUGGAGAAGGUAAACUGUGUUCCGAAAGCUCAUCAGAUGAUGAUGACACAGAUGAAGAGAAUGAGGAAGAUGAACAGCUAGAUCAUAGAUGGGGGGAACUGGAUGCAGAUGCUGAACAAACUGAGAAAGCUACAAGUCGUUUGGCAGCAUGCAAUAUGGACUGGGACCGCAUUAGAGCAGUGGAUCUAAUGGUGCUAUUUAAUUCUUUCUUACCCUCAGGAGGUGUGGUAAAGUCUGUAGCAAUCUAUCCAUCAGAAUUUGGAAAAACAAGAAUGAAAGAAGAGGAAGUCAAGGGUCCAGUAGAGCUUAUUGAAUCCAAAGUUGAAGAAAGUGAUGAUGAAAAUGAAGAAGGAUCCAAUUUUCAUAUGGAAAAACUAAGGCAAUAUCAAUUAAAUAGGCUCAAAUAUUACUAUGCUGUAAUAACAUUUGACAAUUCAGAUACUGCAAAUAAAAUAUACACUGAAUGUGAUUGUAUGGAGUAUGAAUCCAGUGCUAUAAAAUUGGACUUAAGGUUUAUCCCUGAUGACAUGGAGUUUGAAGACGAGCCGAAAGAAAUAUGCGAUAGACUUCCUGAACUCAAUAGAUAUCAACCAAGAUUUUUCACAAAUACAGCUUUGCAACAGGCCAAAGUCAACCUUACAUGGGAUGAAACAAACCCAGAUAGAAUUGAGGUGGUUGAAAAGAUUAGCUCCGGGAAGAUUGAUGACAUUUCAGAGGUAGAUCUUCAAAAUUAUCUUGCUAGUAGCAGUGAGAGUGAUGCAGAAAGUGAGGAUGAAAAUGAAAAGUCCAGAACGGAUGAGGAAGACACCAAUCCUGUGGAUAAAUAUAAAGCACUGUUAAAGGAAAUAGAAGAGAAAGAGACGGCUGAGAAAGAUAAAGUGGAAAUGGAAAUAUCUUGGGGAAUAGAUCUCAAGGAGAAGACAGAGAAACUCGCGAAAGAAAAGCUUGCUAAAACUGAAGAAAAGACACCAUUUCAACAUUAUCUCGAUAAGCGGAAACAGAAGAAAAAAGAAAAGCGUAACAAGCGCAAAGAAAAUGCAGAGAAAAACAGUGAUGAUAGUGAUUCUGACAUGCCUUCGGAUAUUGAUAUGAAUGACCCUUACUUUGCGGACGAGUUCAACAAAACAGAGUUCAAAAAACCUAAAUCUAAAAAACGUCAAGCAAGUGUGUCGGAAGAAGAAGAUGAACAGAGGAAAGCAGAGCUUGAACUGCUGUUGAUGAAUGAUGAUGAUCACAAUAAAAAACACUUUAGUUUGAAAAAAAUUCAAGACAAUGAGAACGACUCAAAGAAUAAAAAGAAACGAAGGAAGAAAGGAGCAGAUGAAGAAAAAGGAAACUCCGACGAUUUCAAAGUUAAUAUUGAGGACCCCCGAUUUUCGGCAAUAUUUACCAGUCACCAUUAUAACAUUGAUCCAACGGAUCCUCAUUAUAAGAAAACAAAAGGUAUGGAAACAUUAAUGAAUGAAAAAAUAAAAAGGAGAGAGGCCAAUACCGAGCAGCAGAUUAGAGCAAAGAAGCCUCAAAAUGAUGGAACUAGUAAGAACGCUGAAUUAAGGGCUUUGGUGAAAUCAAUCAAAAGGAAAGCUGAAAAUUCAUUACAAUCUAAAAAAUGAAUCAAUGUUGGUAACAUACAUAUUUUUUCAUUACAAACUGUGUUUUAAUGUCGGCAUUGGUCGUUUCCCCUAUUACUUGUACUCUCCACGCCAAUAGAAGUGAAGUCGCGCAUGAAGUAAUAAUAAUGUCUUUAUUUCUGAAUUAAAAGAACAAAUAAAAAAAUUAAUUUCAUGAGGGAUGCGACAUUCAACAACGUUGCUCUUCCAUGCAACCCCCGU